AGACAGCGACCACCACUGCGGGCGCCGACACUCCACGGACUCGGGGAACGGUAUCUGAUGUGGUGAGCAACCAGUGGUCACGCAAUACACCCAUUCCUCGCACGGGCACUGAUCGCACGGCCCAUACAAUGGCCUCUAAUAUGAAUCACAACAUGAAUGUCUCGCCUCAUCAGACAAUGUCCACAUACCAGCACCUCAUGAGUCGCUCUCAAGAACUCAAUUACGUCGAGGCCCUGAAGACGCACCAAAUGACACGUCUGGAGCACAUCCGCAACGAGACGACGAAACUGCGGAUCCAUUUGCAGACUCUGCACAAAGAGGUGUCGACUCUGGAGACGCAGCGCCGGCAAAGCACGGCUGAUGGCGCCGAGUGGGCCAAACAGGUGUCGCAACUGCGUGAAGACAACCGCGCGCUCCGUAUUGAGUGCCACUGUCUGUCGAUGGAAGUGGAUCUCUACGCCUCAGGAGGAAUGCCUUUGGGCGUCACCGACGACCGCUUCUUUAAUAACGUACCGCCCGGUCCUUACGGCCCGCCGGCGCCCAGACCUCCCUUCCCCACAGCCAAUAGACCCGCUCCGAGACUUCCAGCGGCUGCCGGUGCCGCCGUAGCUAACACUCAGCUCCCAUACCCCGUACAGCCUAUACGACCCGCUCAACCGCCUACUUAUGAGGAGUCCGUAUACUUCCCGCCGCCGCCGCUACGCUUCGGCACCGGGAGCUCGGCCGCCACCGAUAUACUACGACAGGUGCCGCCGGCGCCCCGACCUGUAUGGCUGUCCCCUACUAUUCAACAGUCGCCGAUGCCUUCGAUGGCAUCCCUGUUGCCACACAAUCACCCGACAACACCCCCACAGCUGCCGCCCCGACCCAACAGCGCCAGCCCUCGAACGCCCAAUAUGUCGAUGCAGUCCAAUCCAAUGGUGGGCGCGGUUGCCGCGGUUCCGCCCCUACCUCCCGGUGCUGGCGAUGGCCCGCGCAAUAACAGCGAUGAAGGCCAGGGGUGGGUGUGUCAGAAGUGUACGGUCGAGAAUCACCCGGCGCUCAACUAUUGCGAAGUCUGCGAAAUGCCCAGACAUUUGUGAGCCAAACACGUAUAACUUAAUCGUCCGUUAAAUCUAUGCAUUACUGAAAUGGAAAUUAAAUUGAC